AUGGAGUUCCAGGCAAUAAUUUUGUGUGGCAAGGGCCAUGGCCUAGCACCGUUUACGAAAGUGAGGUCGACGGGCGUGCCCAAGGCUCUUUUACCCGUGGCUAAUAGACCUAUGGUGGAAUAUGUUUUGGAUUGGUGCCAAAAGGCAUUUUUUCCACUGGUGACUCUUGUUUGCAAUGGCGAAGAUAAACUGGAAAUAGCCGCUGCUGUGGACGCGUAUCAGGCCCAGGUGGGCGCUGAUCAAGAAUGGCGGUGUAAAAUUGACGUGGUGGACGUUUCUGUUGAAGGUUCAGGUGACGCAUUGUACCAUAUGUUCCAACAAAAGUUGAUCCACAGGAAAGACUUUGUGGUUUUGCCCUGUGACUUCAUUACAAACUUGCCUCCACAGGUUCUCAUCGAGGCGUACCGCAAUAAGGCCGACACAGACGUCGGAUUGGCUGUUUGUUACCGCAAUCAGUUGGACAUCGAGGACAAAAAAUCUACAAUUUUCCCAAAAAAUUAUACUUUCUACACAGAUCCCAGCCUUGACGAUAAUGCUAAUUCCCAGCUCUUGGACGCUUACUCGGCAGAAGACGUCAACUUUCAUAAAUCUCUUCAGAUACGCACACAAAUGUGCUGGCGGUAUCCGAACUCUCGCAUCAGUACCAGGUUAUUGGACUCAGGAAUCUUUUUCGGGUCCAGUGACGCCAUAACAAGAGUGUUUGAGUCGCACCGCACCAAGUUCAGUGAUCUGUACUUCAAAACCAGAUCCGUAGCCAAAGUUGUACGAGAUUUUGCUCGACGUUCAUGGAAGCACAAGAAACCGCUCGAUACUGUUGGGUUCACAAUUCUCCCCGAGCAAGCGAUGUUUUUCCGCAGCAACCACCCCUCUGUGUUGAUGGAGGCUAACAGACAUUUCAUGAAGGAACGGGCCAGAAAACAAGGCCAAAGUCAUGCCAGUUUUGACAAACAGUCUCGUUCGGCGGUGGGUAUCGAUUCUCUUAUUGGACCUAAUACCACCCUUGGAGAGAAGACCAACGUCAAGAGAACUGUGGUGGGACGAGACUGCAAGGUUGGUGACCGAGUCAGAUUAACAGGAUGUCUUGUGAUGGAUAGUGUGGUUAUAGAAAACGAUGUACAAUUGGAAAAUUGUAUUAUUGGAAAAGGUGCUAUUAUUCGUGGAAAAGUCCGUCUUGUCAAUUGUUAUGUGGAAUGCACCAACGAUGUCGUCGGAGGAACCAAUUCCAAGGGAGAUACCUUGUUAUGUCUUUCACUUGACGGGUUGGACGAAGAUGCGUUGGAGUCAGAUUCCGACUCGGAAUCGGGGUCUAGCGACGAGAGCGAUUACGAAUACGAAGGAGAGUACGACGAUAAUGCCGACGGGUUGUUUGGGUAUUAG